CCCACUUUGAUCAAAUCAUCUUGCAUCUUUGCCUCUUCGUCACAAGUUCCAACUGCGUGUGCUCGGUGCCUCGCUCAACCAAUUCUCGACUAUCCUGGUCUCGAUUUUCUAAUCAUCCACCAGAUGCCAGAUGUGCCACCGAGCAGCCGCCUUCUCACCCCAGUCCUCACUCGCCGAUAUCCACUAAGAAUCUUGGUGGAAAUCAACAUGUCCAGUCACGGCGUCUCGAGUCGUCUGACAAGCUUCGAUGCUGGUUGACUUGUUGGCCUACUUGCAUAUUCCCUGAACUGCAUGGCUGAUGGCCUCUUUAAUGGCUGACCAUUCCACCAUGCUGCCCUCGGCCGACCUUGAUCUCGUCCUUUGUUCGUCUUGUCCGCUGCGACCUGGUCAACGUUGAGCACUGCUCACUCACUCUCCGUUCAAUCUGGGUUCAUUGACGGAAACAACGCCUUUUUGCAUGUUGUUGGCCUGACCUCCUCCACCAUACCCGACGGUUUUUGACCUUUUUCACCGCCACCACUGCGAGCUUCAACCCGGUAUCAAUCAACUCUCUCAGCUUUUCUACGAGAGAAACCUGCCACGGUCAAUCAUGUUGUGGAAAUCAGUUCUCGCCGCAUCCUUGGUGCUCAGUUUCGCCUCUGCUCAUACUGUCCUCACAUAUCCUCCAUGGAGAGGCGACAACCUAUUCUCCAACGGCACCGUGGAUGACACUGAAGGACUGGGUGUUUUGGACAUUGGAACCGGCGGUCGACUUUAUCCCUAUGGCAUGCAAUGGAUGUAUCCAUGUGGCGGCAUGCCCAUAUCAACCAACCGCACCAAAUGGCCCGUCAAAGGCGGCGCCGUUGCCUUCCAACCAGGCUGGUUCACCGGCCAUUCCACCGCCUUCAUCUACAUCAACUUGGGACUCGGCACCAUCCCCCAAAAUCUAUCAUUGGUCAUGCUCAACGGUGUACAAAUCAUUGGACCAACUCGAGAUCCGUACCCGGGAACAUUCUGUUUUCCUCAAGUUCCCCUCCCAGCCGGCGUCAACGUUCAACCAGGCGACAAUGCCACUAUCCAAAUCAUUGAACUUGCCGCCCAUGGCGCCGGAUUGUAUAACUGUGCCGACAUCACUUUUGCCGAACCAGAGGAUGUACCUGAAGUCAAUGAGACAAAUUGUUUCAAUUCAUCGCAACUUCGAAGCGAAUUGAUUUUUACGACCGAGUCAUUGAGAAGUUCUGCAACGAUGUCACUCGACACUUCUCCAAAGACUUAUAUUCAGUUAUCUAUUAUUCUGGCUUCUGCUAUGUUUGCAUCGUGGUUGAUGUGAUGAUAUCAUAUUGAACUCGAAGGAUUCUGCGGCAAUGCACAAGUGGAAAUCCUUCCAUAAGGCGGAGAGGAGAGUACAUGGGCGGCUG